UCAGAGUGAAAGUGAAAGAUUGACUGAGGGUUGAUGACGACAAUCAACUCUCAGCACACACAUUGAAAUCUUGCAUGUCGGUUUGGCAUAGUUUUCACUGAUACCCCGCCAACAAUCCUGGAAGAAACUACUUCCAGAUACAACAUCACCAACACCACUCAUCGUAAUUAUCCCACAUCAUGGACAAAAACCUCAACGAGCUGCUCAAAUGGAGCAUUGAGAACGGCACGGCAGGUCAAAACGGCGAAUCGGCGCCGGCAGCCCCCGUCAGCAAUCUCAACCCGGAGGCCAUCGCCGCCCUCUUCGGCAACGGUCCCAGUGACGCCGAGCUGAUGAAGCUCUCCAUGGACGCCAUUACCUCGACGGACCCGGAAAUGACGCUCGAGAACAAGCUCGUUGCCUUUGACAAUUUUGAGCAGCUGAUCGAGAACCUUGACAACGCCAACAACAUGGCCAACCUCUCCCUCUGGACCCCGCUGCUCAGCUGCCUCGAGCACGAUGAGCACGAGAUGCGCCGCAUGGCCGCCUGGUGCGUCGGCACCGCCGUGCAGAACAACCAGCCCAGCCAGGAGCGCCUGGUGGCCGUCGGCGGUAUCCCGCCGCUACUGGAGCUGGCGAUCAAGGAAGGCGAGCUGGAAGCCGUGCGGAGGAAGGCCAUCUACGCCCUCAGCUCCGCCGUCCGGAACUACCAGCCCGGCAUGAACGUGCUCACGGACGAGUUGGAGAAGAAGGGCAUUCGUUCCGGCAAGGUUGAUGCUGAGAACAUGGACAACGUCGACGAGGUCAUGAACGAUCUCAAGGCGAAGAUCACGGCUGCAUGAGGGGGAAAACCAGAGUAAGGGGCUAGCGAACUUUUGGCACAGGGCUUUGCAUGAAUGGCGUUUGGGCAGGCGGUACGGCACGAGGGCCACUUGACGUACGGGAUGACCAACGAAUUUGGGACUAAGGGAUUAGACGAGUUACUGCCGCACGACGGGGAAACGCAAGGCUGGUUUUUAUGCACCUGGCAUAUGAGGCAUGAAG